GCGCGCCACCGGUGCACCAACCACCUGUUUUUCACGUUGCGGAUCCAGGGGCUGAAGGUUUAUGAGCCGUGUACUGCAGCCUGCGCCUUUGCAAUGAUCAGUGCAUGAACUAGGAACACAGGGUCAAACCAAAUAGGCACAGACCAUAACUUAACACAUUCUGCACAAACUCUACAGUGUACACACAUACAUGUACUUGCACAUUAAUACGAAUUGAGCGAACAACGAUAUGGAAGAGGCCAAGCGCCAGAAAAUGUGUGCCGAAACGCCGGCGUACCGCAUGCCGGAUAUCAUCGCAACGAAACGGGAUGGCGGCGAGUUAUCCCCGGCAGAGAUUAGGUGGUUCACGGCAAACCUGCAGAGCGAUGACGUGGACGACAGUCAGAUAGGUGCUCUGCUGAUGGCCAUGUACCUUAAGGGGCUCUCCACAUCCGAGACCCUGGCCCUAACCAAGGCAAUGCGAGAUAGCGGCGAGAUACUGGACUGGCCGGAACACUGGCAGGGCACCCUGGUCGACAAGCACUCGACGGGGGGAAUAGGCGACAAGAUCAGCCUACCCCUGGCCCCAGCACUCGCUGCAUGUGACAUGAAGGUACCAAUGAUCUCCGGCAGAGGGCUAGGGCACACCGGUGGAACACUGGACAAGCUCGAAGCCAUCCCUGGCUACACCGUCUUGGUUGCCAAGGAGCGGAUGACGGCCAUCUUGGAAGAGGUGGGCUGUUGCAUUGUGGGGCAAACCAGCAACCUCGUUCCCGCGGAUAAAAAGCUGUACGCGACGAGGGACGUGACGUCCACAGUUGGCAGUGUGCCACUCAUAACAGCGUCGAUCGUCUCCAAGAAGGCAGCCGAGAACGUCAACUUUUUAGUCCUUGACGUCAAAGUCGGCAAAGCGGCGUUCAUGCAGACUAUUGCGGAGGGCAGACAGCUUGCACAAAGCAUGGUGUCUGUGAGCAAAGGCCUUGGAGUAAAGACGUCAGCUUUUCUGACGGACAUGAAUGCGCCGAUCGGGAACACGAUGGGCAACGCGCUGGAGGUUGCCGAGGCCCUGCAGUGUCUGCAGGGAGGCGGGCCUGACGACUUGAAUGAACUCGUAUGCAAACUCGGCGGUUACCUGUUGUACAACAGCGGGAAGGCCAGCACGCCCGAAGCGGGUAUCGCUGCCAUCAACAGCACCCUUCAAGACGGGUCGGCCUGUAAGAAAUUCCAGGCCAUGUUGCUAUCUCAGGGAGUCAGUGUUGGAGUCGCGGAGAAGCUGUGCACCAACGCAAUGGGUUGCGUGGAUGACGCGUGGAAGGUCUUGAAACGAGCGGCGUAUACCACGGAGCUAUCGGCCGAACGCAGCGGUUACGUGCAAGACUUGGACGCCCUAGCGUUGGGCAAGGUGACCCUGGAGCUCGGUGCUGGGCGGACGGUAGCGGGCGCUGACAUCGACCACGCGGUGGGGCUCAGGCUCACGGUGCGAGUCGGAUCCAAGGUUGAAAAGGGUCAAACUUGGAUUUAUGUGUAUCACAAUUCAACCUUGUCCGGCGAUCACGUGAGGCGUCUGCAGUCGGCAGUGACGAUUGGGCCAGAUGAAGUCAAGUCGCCGCCGUCAAGAAUACUCGAAAUCAUCGAGUGAUUCCGGUCGCCAGGCUAUUUAAUAAUUAUAUUUAGAGUGUGCUCAGAAAAAAAAAAAUUUACUUCUUUUGGUUUGGUUCUUAAUACUUGGUGCUCUGGAUUCUUGUUUUUUGUUUGUUUUGUUUUGUGCUUGGAAAGUAUUCUUAGCUUAGAGAAAUCAAUGAAAUGGAUUUUUUUCCAGCACAGAAGAAAUACAAUAUGCUGGAUUAAAUUUCUGUGGCUUCUUACAAUUUUAUUUUUGUAAGUUAAUUUACAACUUACGAUAUCCGCUUUGCUUGGGUCUUUAGAUUUGUAGUACA